GCGUCGCCCCAUUCGCUGGCUGCGGGCGCGAGCGUUUGAAGCGGGAAAGGCGCCGUUGCCAUGGGGACGCGGCCUAGCCGCCGCUGCCGUAGCCUGCGCGAGGGGCCGGCGCGCUCCGGCGGCGCCGCGGCCGGGUUCUCAGGAAGGAUUGGUUUCAUUCUAGUCUUCUUCUAUGCCUCAAAAACCAUCAAACACCUUGACGCGAAGGCUGUGCUGAAGAUGUGUUUGAGGUAAUGUGGUUAUAAGUAAUGAAGUACAAUACACUGGUAUAGCUGCAAUCGGGAGAGGAAGCAUAAGUAUCUGCUACAUGUUUUUACAAAUUUUAAGUUCUUAACUUUUUUUUUAAUAAGGUGUAAAGCAAAGGGUACUUCAGUGUUUGACACAAUGCAAAGUCAUAGGUAGGAAAAUAAGGUGCUGUUAAGAUUCAGAAAUUAUUGCUUCUAUCUCAUGCCUUUGAGAACCAUUCCUAAUAAAAUUAUUUAAUGAUUAGACCAGAGUUUAUGAUUCAGAAUGAUAAUCUUACAUUAUGCAGAAUUAAAUAUAUAGUUGCAUUAAUUGACAUUUUAAGGUUUUGAGUGCCACAUAAGGUCUCUUCACUUUACCAUGAUUUCAUUUCCUCAGUUUAAAAUAUAAUUAUAGUGAUACUUGUAUAAUGUCUCAGUGGUGACAGUCAGGAGUAUCAGUGAAAGUCAGCUAAAAUUGUCAGGUAAAUAUGAGUGAGCUAUAGUGGGAUAACAGUGAAUGUGGGUGUUAUUAUUCAAGUGAACAGUGCCAUGAGUUCUUUACUACAUCAGAGAUUAAUAGGGAUCAAGAUAUAGUGGUCUAAGGCUGCUUUAUUUGUAAAAUAGUCUAUGUGGGGAUUUUACAUGGUUUAGUUUAUGCACUGUGACUUACAGCCACUGAAUGAGUAGGUUUUUGAAGGCCAGCCUUUUCUCUACUUUGAAAAGUGCAUUGAGAAUGAACAGAUCUGUGUAAGAACCAAUUAAUAAUUGAAAGCAUUUUAAAAUGGAAGAUCAUCUCCUAGAGCAUAAUUUUGUGCCAAUGUUCGAUUUUCGUGGAUUGUGAAAUAGCUGUUCCAUGGAUGGAGAGACACUGAAGUUAGCUCCCGGAACCACUUAGAUCCAACUUUAGCUUGAAGAUGGCAUCAUGCCUUUAUGAAUGCCUUUGUGAGGCAGAACUUGAAAAAUACUAUCCCCAUUUUGCUGCCUUUGGUCUUCAGAAGAUUGAUGAGCUUGCCAAGGUUUCCAUGAAAGAUUAUAGCAAACUGGGGGUCCACAACAUGAAUGACCGCAAGCGCCUUUUUCAGCUUAUUAGAAUAAUCAAAAUUAUGCAAGAAGAGGAAGAUGUAGCAGACUUAAACAAGCAAGAUUUCCGAACAAGUGGCCUUAUUGUUCAGCCUCAGGCGACCAGAUCAGGUCCCCGUAGACAACUGCGUUUUGAGUCCUUCUUUGAGAAAAGUGAUGGAGCUGUUAAAGACUCUGAGCCUGAAUCAUAUGGUUCGUCUGAUUUGAUUGCCAAUGAAGAGAGGGACAGUCUAGUGGAAAUGCUGGGACACAUUCAACCACAUGAUUCAGAGCUGAUUAGAAUAACUAGAAGAGAUCUAAAUACUCCUGGAAUAUGCACAAAAAAUGAACUGGACUGUACUACAGUAUCUGAUGAUAUUGCUCCUCUCUUGGGGGAUUCUGAAACUCCCAUAAUACAAAGAAUAACUCAUAUUUCAGGGUAUAAUUACGGACUACCUCAUUCUUGUAUCAGAUCGAGUACCUCUGAGAAAGAAACUCCGUGGACAGAGAGUGAAAAAAUCCGAGUGUGUGUCCGAAAACGUCCCCUGGGCCUAAGAGAGGAGCGACGUGGGGAGGUUAAUAUCAUCACAGUGAAAAAUAAAGAAACCCUACUUCUUCAUGAGAAGAAGGAGGCAGUUGAUCUCACCCAAUAUAUUUUACAGCAUGUUUUUUAUUUUGAUGAAGUCUUUGGGGAGUCAUGUACCAAUCAGGAUGUGUAUAUGAAGACAGCUCAUCCUCUCAUUCAGCAUAUUUUUAACGGAGGCAAUGCAACCUGCUUUGCAUAUGGACAGACUGGUGCUGGCAAGACUUACACUAUGAUAGGUACUCACCGGAACCCGGGACUCUACGCCUUGGCUGCCAAGGACAUCUUUAGACACCUGGAAGCACCACAGUCAAGGAAAGAUCUCCUUGUGUUAAUCAGUUUUUAUGAGAUCUACUGUGGACAGCUUUAUGACCUGCUAAAUGGAAGGAAGAGACUUUUUGCAAGAGAAGACAGCAAGCAUGUCGUUCAAAUAGUUGGACUGCGAGAGGUUCAGGUGGACUCUGUAGACCUACUGUUAGAGGUGAUUUUGAAGGGGGGGAAGGAACGUAGCACAGGAGCUACUGGAGUCAACUCAGAUUCCUCUCGAUCUCAUGCUAUCAUCCAGAUUCAAAUUAAAGACUCAGCCAACAGGACAUUUGGAAGGAUAUCAUUCAUUGACUUGGCUGGCAGUGAAAGGGCGGCUGAUGCCAGAGACUCAGAUCGACAAACAAAAAUGGAAGGAGCAGAAAUAAACCAAAGCCUUUUAGCACUAAAGGAAUGCAUUCGGGCGCUGGAUCAGGAACACGCUCAUACACCUUUCCGGCAAAGCAAAUUAACUCAGGUCCUAAAGGAUUCUUUCAUUGGCAAUUCCAAGACAUGUAUGAUAGCCAAUGUAUCACCUAGCCACAUAGCUACAGAGCAUACCCUGAACACUUUGCGUUAUGCUGACAGGGUCAAAGAGUUGAAAAAAGGGAUUAAAUGUUCUACUCCCGUCACAAACAGACGUCGGAUACCUGGAAAUGUAUCUCCAAAACGUAUCCAAAACUCUCCCUCUUUGCCACCUGGAGAAAAGAGCUCUCCAAAGAAAGUGAAGCUAGGCCUCCAGCAUCCUUCAACUGCUACAAAAACGAAAGCGUGUCCUUCAGCACUCCAGCCACCCAGUUUCCCUUUUACCUCGACCCCCAGGGGAGUCAACAAAGGACAUGCCUGCAGAGGAAAUCCCAGCUCGCUGUGGUUCCACCACACCAGCCCAGUUAAGGGAGUCCUACGGAUAGGGCAGCCCCUGAAGAAGACGACUGAUGAUCUGUCCCCCCACUCUGAAAAAAACCAUGCUGAGAAGGAUUUUAUCAUCAAAAAUGCUGCCAUGGCAGAGACAAAAGAGAGUGGCCAAAGAGACAAGUAUGUGCAAGAUAAACCACCUGGCCAGUGCCUGAAAGUCCAGACAGUGCAACCUGUGCAGAAACAGCUUGUUUCUAGAGAUGAUUUUAACUUUGGAGAUGGAAAUCAGCCUUCUGAUGGCAAUCAGGAGUGGGGAAAUGCCUUUGCUAAACAGUGUGUUGAAACCUGGACAAACCUCUCUCCAUUUCAGAAGGAAAGAGAGGAGCAUUUACGCCUUUAUCACCAGCAGUUUCAGCAGCCACCUAUUCUACAGCAAAAAUUGAACUACCAACCUCUUGAGAGGUUUUUGAGUCAGUACAAGCCCCAGGAGAGUCAAGUGCAGCAGGAGCCGAGCCUUACUCCCACAGAAGCACAGAACAAAGAGGGGAUGCAGCUGGAAGAUCUGGAUGACAGUGACUUUAGUGAAGAUUCUUUCUCACCUGUCUGCAGUCAAAAGAGCGUGAAAAGAAGAAGCCCCAAUGAAUGCAGCCAACAUUCAUUUUUCCUUCAUCAAAGAGAACAAGGAACUGAGGAAGAGCAAAAAGCCCCAAAGAGACAGGAUUUAUUGUUUAAAUACUCAAUUCCUGUGCAAGAACAUGAACUGGAUGACAGCUGGGAUUGUAGCGGGGGCUGCCUAAAAACAGAGGAAUCCAUUAAAAAUGCAGGGGGAUGCAAAACUCCAUCAGACUGGAGCUACGACUUAACUAUUGAGUCCUCUCCAAGCAAUACUGCAGAAAAACCUUACUGCCUGCAAGAAGAUCUUGCUUGUAACUGGAAAAAUGGCAAAGACUUCCCAGCUGAUCACAAACAGUACAAACCCAAACACAAAUGUCUCAUUUAUUCCAGUGAAACUGCCUUGACUCUGGAAAAGGAGGCUCCAAACCCAUGUGUUUCUCCCAUAUUGAAAUCAAGGACUCCAGAGUACAAGGAGAUCAACCUCCUAAAUAAGCAGAAGGAAGAAUCCACCUUGGAUAGACAGGCUGCCCUUGCAGGAGACAUAAAAUGGAAAACUCAAAAAAAUGGGGUUAGCCAUUGUGGAGCUUCCAAUAAUUCCUCGGAGUUAACUUCUGAGAUAGCGGCCCCUCUCACAGUAUCCCUUCUUGACUAUGAGAAAGCAACUGAUACCGAGACUGUGUCUUCCAACCAAGAGGAGUCUCCCCAUGUGAACCAGAUGUUGGACAGGAACAUACAUGGCUCCCAGAAAGCACUUGAGGCAGAGGCCUGGCAGUGUACUAGGAACAGAGCUCUGACGGACAGCAUGUUGGAGCUAGGGGAGCAAAUGCGUCGUGGUGGAAGGAACUGCUUCUUGCAGCGUUUCCCACAAACAGCAGACAAGUGGUUUUCACCCACAGGCUGUGAUGUGAAGCCAUGCUGCUGCCUUCUGGGCUCAGGUUCAUUGAAUCAAGGAGCCAUUCACAGUUUAUUUGUUGGAAGUGAAGCCCUGACAGAAACAUCCACAGCUGAAUCCAGGGACUCCAUAGGAGAGAGAGAGGGUGGUUUGCUUCUCAGUAACUCAGUGUGUGAAGGAUACUCAGAUAGGAGACAGUGUGAUCCUGAUGUUGAAGAUAUUACUGGUAAUUCAGGAAAACCUAAUUCAAAUCAAGGACACAGUGUUGAGUCCAUGGCUCAGGAAAUACCUGCUGAUAUUUCUGAAAAGAGUUAUUUUCCAGGUAUGCCAUACUUUCCCAGUGUGGGAAAUAUGGAUUAUACAGUCCAGUCCCCCUCUCAAGAAAGCAGACUGCUGCUGCAGCCCAGGUCAGGACUGAGGAACCAGGACUUCAGUCAUUCUGAAGACACAGCCAAGUUGUCGUUCAGGAGUGAGGAAAUUGGGUUGCUUAAGAACAAAUUGAUGCAGAGUAUUUUUACACAAGACACUUCUGCUGCAGAUUCAGAAUCUGCUACCGAAGAGAUUAAGCCAUCAGCAAAUGCAAACAGCCCCUCAGACCUGCCCAACAUCAUCUCCCCAAGUGCUACGUCAGAGAUGGGAAAGCAGCAGAGGGAAGCCCUGGAAAAGGCACAACAGGCUAUGAUUCGAGCCCAUCGGCAGCAGCUGGAUGAAAUGGCGUCCUUGUGCUUUAAGGAAGAGUGCUUGAUGAAUCAGAUGUCAGCAACAGAUUUUCAGAACUUCGUGACCAAGCUGGAUGAAAUCUUGGUACUGAAGUCAAAGUGUAUCCAAACCAUGCGAGCCCAGCUUAAGCUCUAUUUAGCUUCUCCUGGCACUGACUCAGCCUUGCAAACACCACCACCAGUUUAGCUCCUCUUUGCUUACAUAUGCCCUAUGCACAAAACAGUUAUGGAAACAGCCAGCUAGUGUUCCACCACAUUUGGUGCUGCACAGUGUGGGUGGGUAGGGGAUAGCUUUUGGUUUGAUAUUUGCAAUUAGUAUAUAUUUUAGAAAAGGAUGGAGAGAAUUUUGAGUAAAGGAGAGGAAUGCUUGUCACCACAAGCUUUGUACUUCCUUAAAACAAGUAAGCCACAUGCUUAAGAAUAACAGUUCAGCAGCCUUUAAAUAUCUCACCAGGCAGUCCAGUCCACAGUAUUCACAGCAGCUUCUCACAUACUCAGGGCACUUUUGUGCUGCCAAGAAAACAGAGCAGGGCAGGGGAACACUUUGAAACCAGACACAGCUCUGAACAGAAAUACUGAAAAGCUAUCCAGACAGGUAUGUUGACAAACAGAAGGGAGGAAUCGGAGGUGAGCCACUGUUUAAGGACACUAAAUAACUAGACCAGAAGUAAAUGAAAAUCAAGGUGACAAGAGGUGCUGAUGGUUUCAGAAGGUGGAGGGCUAUUGCUGCACUUGCUCUUUGCUUGGGACUAACUCCAGACCAUCUGAAAAAGAGGGCUUAAGUCACAUGUAAUGGGUGGCUUAGCAGAAGACUCAUAUACAAGGGACUUUGCACCAAUGGUUCAUCUGGUAUGUUAAUAAACACUUGAGUUUCAUACCCAGGCCAAGAAUGACAGGCCCAAAGCUUAUCUGCUGCUACAAAGGAUGUCUGACCUCUGCAGUACAGCUCUGCCGUGGGGUGGUUUGUCCAGGUUGAUUUUGUGGCACUGCAGAAUUCAUUCUUCACAGCAAAAGAGAGAGUCUGCUUAGAGACAGUUGGAUUUCAGAAGCUGCUAACCUUGCUGUUAAGUAAACCUGAUACUUGAACCAAGAGGUACAGAACUAUCAACUGUAGCCCUGCAACAUCCCUGCUUUUGUGCAUCAAGUCUGAGCCUCAAAACAAGUCCACCUGCUGAAGCCACAAGUGAACUUAAAAUAUGCAUAACUAAGACAACAUGCUGUGCAAGCAUGUCACAGCACACAGCCAUUUCCACGUCUCCUCAGUAACACGUACAGUAGCUCAAUCAAAGCAUGCUCAAUUGUCAUAAAUGCCAAGGGUGAAUAAACACUAGUCUAAGCAGCUAUGAAUUUUGCUGUCUGCUACUAUGGCUACCUGGAGGAGUACAGGUCUGGAAGAGGAACAGUGCAGUGAUGACAGGCACAGUCAGUUAUCUGCAUUGCACAUGCAGUGCAAACACUCCCAGGAAUGUCACACAGCUUAAGCCCUAGGGAACAGAAGCACAAGGACAGGACCAACCAUAACCAAAAAAAGUUACAGUUCAGUCAGAGUCCUGACUUUUUUUUUCUUUUUUUAAAUAAAAAGAACUGGUUAGUCUCCAUCUCACAACAGAUAGCAGAUUACCCUGCGAAGCAGAGAGCAGUCAUUUCAGAGGCUGAGUUUAUGGCCCUUGACAAGAGCAGAUAUAAAUUGAGCUCCCCUUUAAAAUAAGCAACUCUUAGAAAAGCAGCCCCCUCUUCCCCCCAACCUUAGAGGUGAGGACAGCUUUCCCCAUGCACAAGGUGAGGUGAACUGUGCAGCAGGUGUUAGCACUUACAUCUUCUGAAAGCAAAGAGAUGGAAGCAUUUUCAGUAAUUUCCACAGCAUUUUCCCCAGUGAUCAUACAGAAAACAAGGCUGUUGGGGAGCAGCUGAGCACUUUUGCCAAGCCAGUCUUGAGCUGAGGAGAAGGUGGGACAGAAGGAUAUGAACAAAGGGCACAGGAAAAGGAGAGGUCCAGCCAGUAACACAGUGGUAGCUGGGGGAAAGAGGGAAAAGGGCAGCACUUUCCUCUGUGUAAUCUGACAGUUGGGAUGCGAGUAUAGCUUUGAAAGAUGUGAUUGAUUUGUACUUUCACACAGUAGGGGACUAUCUUUAAAGGGAAGUUCAGCAAAGUACAUGCACAGGGGUUUUCAGUCUCUUUCCCAAGAUGGCCAUUGCUAAAGCAAUAUGCAAAAAAGAACCACAAUGUGACAGUGCUAUGUUAUUAUCUCGGUACUGUCCGAGAUAAGUGCAGCAAUACAGAUGAGUGACCAAAAACUUCUGUGUGCAAAGGAAAUGGGAGUCAAGUCAGCUACCAAGUUUUGAGGCACCUGUGUGUGGUUUCUGUCUGGUCUAGAGUGGAAAAAAGCCAGCAAGCCUGUUCCCCAGUGCGAGUUCCCAAAGCAGUUGUUCCCUGGAACGGUCAGGAACACUGAGAAACAUGCAGCAAUUAAAAGGAAAAAAAAAAAGCUGUUUCCAAGAUCUGAUGAUCUCCUAAUAAGAGUCAUCUUCAGAAGUGCACCUUGUUAAGUGUAAGAUUUUAUUUCCAGGCUAUUCUCAAAAUAUUAUUCUUUUUCCUGCUGAAUGCAAGACUUAGUCUACUGACAAAAGGGGGGAAAAAAAGGCACCUCAUCCUCAGCAACAAAAGGACUAUGGACAUGCUUGAAGUACUACAUGCCCAUUAAAUAGCAAAACUGGGCUCAUAGUAUGCACCAGAAACUACCAAACCAACAGCAGGUUUUUCUCUCCACUUAGAUGCUGCUUUAACUCAUGUGUGAAAGUGUGCUAAAUGAGGGCUCCAGAAAUGGCAGCCCUUUACAGCUGUUUGAUAUUGCACUGACAUCUGAUACAAUGAGUUGUUUUCAUUUCAAAUUGAGGAAUGUAUAUGAAACAGUUGUUGUUACAGAAGUCUUUUAACAGAUUAAUAGAGCCUGGCCAUGUACAAUCAAGUAAAUUAAGAACUGUAAUGAACUUACUUUUGUAUUCAAUUGCAACAAAGACUAUUAAUGCUCAUGGCAGGUGCUUGAUAUUUUAUUUGAAUACUUUACAUUAUUUAAAAUAAAAUUCAAUUUACUACAGAA